CACGCCGGGAGGACCGCCGCGCGGGACCCUUCAGUAGUCAGAGGUACCCGAGCCGCCCUGAAGAUGUCGUACAUGCUCCCUCACUUGCACAACGGCUGGCAGGUGGACCAGGCCAUCCUUUCGGAGGAAGACCGGGUGGUCGUCAUCCGGUUUGGACACGACUGGGACCCCACUUGCAUGAAGAUGGACGAGGUCCUGUACAGUAUAGCCGAAAAGAAAUAGUGGGGCAUCUCCUCAUCUUGUUACGAGCCCUGUUUGGAUACCCCAGCUGGUUUAAAGUGAAAAACUUCGCAGUCAUCUAUCUUGUGGAUAUCACGGAAGUGCCUGACUUCAACAAGAUGUAUGAGUUAUAUGAUCCGUGCACCGUCAUGUUUUUCUUCAGGAACAAGCACAUCAUGAUUGACCUGGGAACUGGUAACAACAACAAGAUCAACUGGGCCAUGGAGGACAAACAGGAGAUGAUAGACAUCAUCGAGACCGUGUACCGAGGCGCCCGGAAAGGUCGUGGCCUGGUGGUGUCUCCGAAGGACUACUCCACGAAGUACAGAUACUGAGCCCUCAGCCCAGUGUCUGCACGUACAUGCUGCAGAGUCCUUUUCAUGUGGAAAUCUCUUAAACUGUUUAAAGCCUUAGAGAGAGCGUUUGGAAGUCUGGAAGAGAACACAAGCCCAAGGGGCUGGAGGUUCUUUGCGAGAAGGGUUGCAUGGCCUCAACUUUCUGCCUGGCCAUUGUAUUUUUAUAUUAGCAAAUAUCUGUAAAUAUCUAGCCGAGAUUAAUAAAAUGUGCAGUGAUGGAAAGCCA